AUGGACACCUCACGAGACUCCUCCAACCUCCUCGACACACACAACCGUCUCAUCGCAGACGUGCUGUCGCGCUUCCGCAUGCUCACCAUGCUCGCGACAAUCCAGGCCGAAGGCGAGCGCAAAAACGCAGAGCCGCAGACCGUCGCGGUGACGGGCAUGUCGAUGCAGAUGGAGUUCGAAGGCCUGCACACCUCAGUCAAAGACCUACUCGCCCUCUCCCGCCGUCUCAAGGAGCUCUGGCUCUUCGGCAAGCUCGGCGCCGGCGAGAGCGACGCGCGCAUCCAGGCCGACAAGCUGCAGGCCGACGUCGUGCGCUGCGCGGAGCUCCUCAACGCCAUCCAGGAGACGCGGUACAGCGGGCUCGCGACCGCCGCCGGGGGCAAGUGGGCGCCGAUCGGGAGGCAGGAUGCGGCUGCUGCCGCUGCGCCUCCGCCUGCUGCGGCACCUGAUGGAGGAGCUGCGGCGCCGACGCAGCCUGGUGGUGCCGGUACUUCAUGA